AUGGAAAAAGUAACGCCAACUUCCCUCGCCAACGCAUUCCUCGCUACCGCUGGCAUCAGUGCGCCGAUGUCAUCUUCUGGGAUUCGUGGCUUGUCAUUGAGGUCAGUUCGCGAAACUGUUCACUGCGCAACGACACAAACCACUUCAGCUCCACCUCCGCCUGCCAACUGCCAGCAACAUCAGCUCCUUAACACAACGGAAGAUAAAUGCAACGCGAUAUUUGCAGAAGUGGAGCUCCUCAGCAAGUGGUUGCAACACGCCGUGGAGAGUCGAGCACAUGUGGAACGUGAGGCCUACGCACUGCUGCAGCAGGCAGAUGUAAAAAUACAGCAUUUGGAGGAUACGGUACGUCAGAAAGAAAUGGAAUUGCUUUAUAUGAGGGGGGCAAUGGAAAGUUUGAGGACGCGUGUGGAGUUUUAUGAGUGCAGGGAAAGGAGAAUUGAAGGUGACGAUGAUGAUGCUAAUUUUCCUCUUCGACGUGAAGCAGAUUUCAAGGGUGCUGCGGUGAGAAAGGUGGUUAUAAUGGGGGAGAAUAACACAAACGAUAGCUAUUGCAGCAACCGUAUGGGUAGAGGAAAUGGUGUAAUGUCCCCUGCUGAUUUUACCGUGGACUCGACGGAACAAUUAAAUGCAGGCAAAUGCGUCGACUUGGGUACCACCGCCACAACUUGCAACAGUAACGGAGUUGAUAAUGCCAGUGUAUCUUCUCCCGCAGAAACUGGAGUUGGAGGCCGGUCUCGUGUAGGUCAUAGCGCACUAAGUUGGGUGAGAUAUCUUUUAGAGCGCUGCGUUUCCAAUAGCGGCAAAGACGGUGCGAGUGAAGGUGCGGCGUCGAUGAAGAAGAAAGGAGAAGGAAAUGACCAACUGGCCGAUGCGCUAACGAUGCUGACAACUUUACAGUGUCAGUAUGCUGACCCUAACGGUGAUCUUGUGAUGAUGAACUCCCUUUGCACAAAGUUCUCGAAUUCCAUCGUAGCCGUGGCAGAGGAGCUAAACACAGCGCUUCAGAUACCGUUGAAGCGGGCCUCAAACACAACUGAUUCUCUGCAAAUAUCGCAAGCUGCUAAAGUUGUUGAACACCCCGAGUCCGCGGCAGAGGCGUUACCAUCGUCGAAUCAGGAGCCGAUAAUGCAAUGUAGAAAAUCAGUUGUGGAGGAAAAUCUUCAGCUCCUGCAAAGUUUGAUGGCAGUGGAAUCAUCAUCACGGGAGGCGUGGAGUACCCUCCAGAAAUAUUGA